AAUGAAUUCUUAAAUCGACAGAAAUUCUGAUCCUCCUCAUACUAAUGUGAUUUUGGUUGUAAUUACUAACAAAGCAAAUAAAACAUUGCCACACGAUAAAUAUUUAAAAGUGUUUAGUCCUUUCGGCACUAUACAAAGAGUACAUAUAUUUAAGUAGAUUUUAAAUAGAUGCUUAUAUUCGAGAGAUCUCUUACUUGGAAAACAUUUGUUGAGUAUGAUAAUGUAGAAUCAGCAUUCAAGGCAAGAAUGUAGAUGAAUGACAAAUAUUUUUGUGAUGAUCCUUCAUUAUUAAUGAAUGUUUAUGCAAGCAAAUUAACCUAUAUCUCAUUCUAAGAAAACAAUGUGUGGGGUGUUGGUAUAUUUUCUAAGUUUAUUAGAUUAUACAAUAUAAAAGUAAAAAUAAAAAGAAUAAUCUCCACCGAAUGAAGUAAAUUAAUCUUCUCAAUCUUUAAAACCUAUGUAGACAGUUCCUUAAUAAAACUUCUAAUUGUUACAAUCACAAAUGUUAUUUUAACACUAAAUGUCAUAACAAAUACAAUUGAUUAAUACUUUAAUGGGAUAGUUGUAAUAAGUAUGUGUUGAUGGAUUUGCAACUCCUAUAUUGUAGUCUAUAGACUUAUUAAAUUAAAUUGAAAAACAGCAAUCAAUUUUAAAAGAUAUACAUGAUUAUUAAUAGACAUUCCAGAAUGUGACUGAUAAUUACUAAAAUUUUCUAUAAGGGUUUAAUUAAUAAGAUGAAUAGAAAUCUAUUAGUAUCGAAUCAAGCAAGAAUGGAAAAUAAAAUAGAAAGAAAUUAACAUUAUCAAAUGAUAAGAAUGCUAAAAAUGGAGAUUAAAUUGAGUUUAUUUAAAGUUAUCAUGAAAGUGAUAUCACAAAAGAUAUUAUGUUUCAUAGUUCAGAUAAAUUAAUAGAUUAAAUAUAAGUUUAAAAGAUGUAUUAAAGUGAUGGUAAAAGUAUUAAUAAGGUUGAAGAAUUGAACUUUAAUGGUUUAGGUUUGAGAGACUCAGAGGAUGAAGCUGAUGAUUCAAAUUAAUUUGAAGAUGAAUUAUUGAAUGCUUAAUCAGAUGAUGAAGAUAUAAAUAAUGGAUUGUUUAAAUUUGUUGAUUAAAACUAAGGAUUUACUGAAAAGGAUAGAUAAUAAGUUUUUAAGAAAUUGAAUUAAGAUAUGUCAUUUAAUAAAGUAGACAAUAAAGUAGCUGCUGUAGUGGAAAAAUAAACUCAAAAAAACACUAUUGAAUAAUCUUCAAGGAGUGUUGAUAAUAUAGAUUAAUUGAUCAACAAAGGAAAAAUUAUUUAGAGAUCAAUUUAACAACCUACUUCUAAAAGUCAAACUAUUCACUAAUAACCUGAAAAAUUAGAUCAAUAUCUAACUAAAUAAUAAUAAUCUUUUAAAAGUAUAUGAAUUCUCAAUAUUAAUUUUAGAUGUUCAUAAAUCUAAAGUAAUAUAUGCAAGAUGGUUUGAUAAGAAGGUUGUAACAUCAACUAUGCUUUAUAAUAUAUUUAGCAUAUAUGGCAAUAUUGACAAAAUGAUAUUCUUAAAAGAAAGAUCAAGUUGUUUGAUAUAAUAUGUAUCUUAAGAACAUGCUGCUAUAGCUAAGGAAUCUCUUAAUGAAAUAUCUUUUUAUGGAUAAUAAAUAAAGGUAAAUUAAUUGUUUAUAUAUAGAUCUUUUUUUCCAAUUAUGAAGAGAUCUCUUUAAAAACUUAACCAACUAAACCAGGAGAGAUUGUCUUUGAUGUUAAAACUUAAGAAGAAUAUUUUUAGGGAAGUGAAGAAACACAUCGAAUUAAACCAGAUUCAACUUAUACUCUGGCUCCUCCUUGUGAUACUAUUCAAAUCUCUAAUUUAACUAAGAAUUCUUGCUAAGCUUCGAUUAUGUAAUAAUAUAUGCAAGAAUUUGGAUAAAUUAAAGCUAUUAAGUAGUUAUUUAAUUUCAUUUAGAAUUUUGACAACGGGAAAUAAAUACUUGUCAAUAAUCAAGUAUUCAAGCACUGAAGUAGCAUUUACUGCAUUAGCCAAUAUGAAUGGUUUCGAAUUGGAUGGAAGGUAUUUAUAUGAUAACAUUGAAAUAGACCUAUAUAAAUUAACUUUUCUAAACAAAAAUUAUGAU